UAUUUCAGCCAUCAAGAUUUGUUUCCUCACAGAUUCUGAAACUAAACUAAGCUUCAGCUGACCACAUACACGAUUAUGUCUGCACCCGUUUCAAUUCACUGUUCCACACUCUCAAAACCUUGUAUUUAUUCACUUUCUUCUUUAGCUUCAUGCCCCAAACCCACUCAAUUUCAUCUUUCCAAGUGGCCUCUGCACCUGGGUUUCACUCCAUUUUCGCCAUGGAGUGGCCUUAAGCAUCUGGGUAUCUCACUCUCACCAAAGACAGUGAAGUUAGAGAGGAAUAGAAUGUUUAAAGGAAGAGGCGUUCAUGCUUCUUUGUUUGGAGUUGGAGCUCCCGAGGCUCUGGUUAUUGGGGUAGUAGCUUUGUUGGUUUUUGGUCCCAAAGGUCUAGCUGAGUUAUCCAAAUAAAGGUUGCUCGGAAUCUGGGGAAAACUCUACGUGCAUUUCAGCCUACCAUUAAAGAACUUCAGGUAGGUUUUAUAUUUUUAGUUUUCUUUAGGCUCAUUUGAGAAAGAUGAUAGUGAAACCUGCCCGG